GGACGACGACGACUCUGACUACCCUGAAGAGAUGGAGGAUGAAGACGAUGCCAGUUAUUGCACUGAGAGCAGCUUCAGGAGCCACAGCACCUACAGCAGCACCCCAGGUAGGAGAAGACAAAGAGUGCAUCGUCCUCGUUCUCCGAUAUUGGAAGAAAAAGAUAUCCCACCCUUGGAGUUUCCUAAAUCCUCAGAGGACUUAAUGGUGCCUAGUGAGCAUAUAAUGAAUGUUAUUGCCAUCUAUGAGGUACUAAGGAACUUUGGCACUGUUUUACGCCUCUCUCCUUUUCGUUUUGAGGACUUCUGUGCUGCUCUGGUAAGUCAAGAGCAGUGCACACUUAUGGCAGAGAUGCAUAUAGUGCUUUUAAAAGCAGUUUUACGUGAAGAAGACACUUCAAAUACUACCUUUGGACCUGCUGACCUCAAAGAUAGCGUUAAUUCCACUUUGUAUUUCAUAGAUGGAAUGACGUGGCCAGAGGUUCUGCGGGUAUAUUGUGAGAGUGACAAGGAAUACCAUCAUGUUCUUCCUUACCAAGAGACAGAGGACUAUCCUUAUGGACCAGUAGAGAAUAAAAUCAAAGUUCUGCAGUUCUUAGUGGAUCAGUUUCUUACAACAAACAUUGCACGUGAAGAGUUAAUGUCAGAAGGUGUUAUUCAGUAUGAUGAUCAUUGUAGGGUGUGUCACAAACUUGGGGAUUUGCUUUGCUGUGAAACUUGUUCAGCUGUGUACCAUUUGGAGUGUGUGAAACCACCUCUUGAAGAGGUACCGGAAGAUGAAUGGCAGUGCGAGGUCUGCGUAGCACAUAAGGUGCCUGGAGUAACUGACUGUGUUGCUGAAAUCCAAAAGAAUAAACCAUACAUUCGACAUGAACCUAUUGGAUAUGACAGGCAUAGACGAAAAUAUUGGUUCCUGAACAGAAGAAUCAUUAUAGAGGAAGAUUCAGAAAGUGAGAAAGAUAAGAAAAUCUGGUACUAUAGCACAAAGAUACAGCUGGCAGAGUUAAUUGAAUGCCUAGACAAAGAUUACUGGGAAGCUGACCUAUGCAAAACUCUGGAAGAAAUGCGUGAAGAAAUUCAUCGGCACAUGGAUGUGACAGAAGACCUUACUAAUAAAGCAAGAGGCAGCAACAAAUCUUUCCUUUCUGCAGCAAAUGAUGAAAUUUUGGACAUUAUCAGAGCAAGAAAAGGAGAAAUAGUGGAAGAUAAAAACACAGCAGAUGACGAAGCAGAAAAGGCCAAAAGUGACGUUGAUAAUGACCAGAUAGAUGCUGAGAGGGGCAAGGAAGACUCUGGAGACCAAGAUAAAACUGAGGAAACACCCACUGAGCAAGAUGCGGAAAAAGUGAAAACAGAAGAGGCAACAGUCGUUGGGGAUAAAAGUAACUCUGUGACAUCAAGCACUGAUGACAACAACACAAAUCCUUCUGCAAGAGAGACUAGUUGCUCUGAAGGGAAGAACGCAAUGGGGUGUCAGUCAGAAACCCUUGAUAGCAACAACGUGGCAGAGAAGAAGGUGGCAUCAGAGCUCCCUCAGGAACUCUCAGAAGAAACUGGUCAGAUGAUCUCUAGCAACAGUAGCAGUGCAUCUGCUGCACCUCUACAUUCAGAUGUUGAAAACAGCAAUGAGUUGGGCUCUGGGCAGAAUGAUUCCAUUAAGAUGCCUGAUGAUGCUGAAAAUGCAGAGAGGGGAUCCCAGACUUCAGAGGACAUAGGAGAGAAAUCUAAUGGUGAAAGAAGUGAUUCUCCAGGCGCAGGAAAAGGCACGCCAGGUUCGACGCGAAUGCUCACAAGAUUACGAAAUCCAGAUAGCAAGUUGAGCCAGAUGAAAAGCCAGCAGGUUGCUGCUGCAGCACAUGAAGCAAAUAAGUUAUAUAAAGAAGGCAGAGAGGUUCUGGUGGUCAACUCUCAAGGUGAAGUCUCCCGAAUGAACACAAAGAAGGAAGUUGUGAUGAAAGGAAAUAUCAACAAUUAUUUCAAAUUAGGGCAAGAGGGGAAGUAUCGUGUUUAUCAUAAUCAGUAUGCCACAAAUUCAUUCGCAUUGAACAAGCACCAGCACAGGGAGGACCAUGACAAGAGACGACAUCUCUCACAUAAAUUCUGUCUGACUCCUGCUGGAGAGUUCAAAUGGAAUGGGUCUGUACAUGGGUCCAAAGUUCUUACCAUAUCCACUUUGAGGCUAACUAUUAUUCAGCUAGAAAACAAUAUCCCGGCAUCAUUCCUUCACCCUAACUGGGCUUCCCACAGGUCUAACUGGAUUAAGGCUGUUCAGAUGUGCAGCAAACCUAGAGAAUUUGCACUAGCGCUGGCUAUAUUGGAAUGUGCAAUUAAACCGGUUGUCAUGCUGCCAAUCUGGCGGGAAUCGUUGGGGCACACUAGAUUACGCAGAAUGACAGCAAUAGAAAGAGAAGAAAAGGAGAAAGUUAAAAAAAAAGAGAGAAAACAAGAAGAAGAAGAAACAAUGCAGCAAGCUACAUGGGUGAAAUAUACAUUUCCUGUCAAGCAUCAGGUUUGGAAGCAAAAAGGAGAGGAAUAUAGAGUAACGGGAUAUGGUGGCUGGAGCUGGAUUAGUAAAACACACGUCCACAGGUUUAUGCCCAAGCUGCCUGGAAAUACUAAUGCAAAUUACAGAAAGUUGCUACCAACAAAGAGUGAAGAUGAAAAAUGCAACUUGGAUAAACGAAAAGGUCCAAUUAAGGUAAAAAUAGAGAAAGACAGAACAAAGGAUUCUCAUGAUCUGCAAGCAAAAGACAAAGCAGAUGUUUCAGAAACCUUGGAGAAAGUACAAGUGAAAGAAGAAAAGUCGCAUGAAGAAAAAGUAGAAGUUGAUACAAUUUCUGAAAAUUUAGAUCAUGCAAAAGACAAAGUGGAAAAAGAAAUCGAUGGUGAAAAUGAUAAAGUCAUCAAGGAAGAACCUAUGGAUGUAGAUGAUGUGAAAAUUGAACCCCCCAUAAAGGAUGAGGGUAGUCAUUGUAAGCUGGAUAUAAUCAAUGUCAGCGAGGGAUUUCAUUUAAGGACUUGCUACAAAAGGAAAGUAAAAUCAUCAAAAUUAGAUGGACUACUUGAGAGGCGAAUAAAACAGUUUACACUGGAAGAAAAACAACGUCUAGAAAGGAUGAAACUGGAGGCUAGUGCUAAAACAGUAGGCAUUCGAUCUGUAAGCCCCCAGAAAAAUACAGAUGAGCUACAAAUGAGAAAAGUAAAAGAAGGAAGCCAGUUUGACAUGUCUUCCCAAGAUCAAACCUAUAUUUCAGAUAAGACCCAAACCGAAGAUGCGGAACAGGACUGCUUGCCAAUCAGCAGCAUCUCUUGUACCAAAACUGGUGAGCUAGAUGAACCCUCUUUGCCUUUGACAAACAGGCUAUCAAAAAGAGAAGGCCAGCUACUGGAUGAAGACUCACCUCAAUCUUCUGAAGGUGAAAGCUCCAUUCAGAAUGAUAGUAAGGAAAACAACCCUGAAUCUAUGACUGCUGAUAAGUGUCAAGGACAAGAGGUUUUUGGAGAGUCUGAGACUUCCUUUGUGGAUGGCUUGAAACAAACAAAUGCAGAAGGUAGAAUCAAAUGGGAUGUUUCAGAAGCAAGCGAAAAACCUUUGAAACAAAAACUACCUAUUACCAGGGUAUCUCAGCAUGAACGUGAAAACUUAGAGCCAGUGGUAACCAACAGCAGCUGUAGAAAAGACGCUCUGGCCACUCUUGAAAAAACAGAUUCAGAAGGGAAUUCUGAACAGCAGAGCAAAGAUCCAGAAAACAAUUGUAUGAUAAAAAGCCAUAUUGAACCAAUGUCCUCUCAAGAAAGUGAAAUGGAGGAAGAAAUUGCUCCAGGAAAGACUGAAAAAUCUGAAAACAAGAUUAUAUUUCACCAAAAAUCAGUUAGUAAAGAUCUAGAACCGUUUAAAACAGAGCUAAUUUCUGAAAGAAACCUUGAAAGUCAAACUCUGGAACACAUGGAUGAGGUAGAAGUUGAUGAGGAUUUACUGAGCUCUAAACUAACUGAGGCUAAUGGUCAAAAGAAAGGUCAGGAACUGAAAGUGGAGACAAGUACCAUAAACAAAUAUCUUGAUCAGACAAAUCUAAAUAGUGUUACUGACAAAAAGAAUAAUAAAGAUGAAGAAACUGAGACAGCUUUAGAAAAAGAAAAAUCAGCAUUUCAAAUUAACGGAAAAGACACUGAUAUUAAAGUAUUAUCAAACGAUGACUGCUUAGUUAAAGAUACCUGUGAAACUAAGGCAGGGGGUGAUAUUGAACCAAAAGUUAAUAAUAUUAAUAAAUCCAUUCCGGAACAUGAAAUAAAACCAUUGACUUUUAAGGAAUCUUCAGUAAAACCAUUCAUGAAUGGUGACAUCAUGAUAGAGGACACAAAGGACAAAAAUAAUGUGGACCCUAAGUCCUGUCUGCAGAGUUCACCUGAGUUUGAAUCUGGAGCGAGUCUUCAGCCACCAGAUGAAGUUCCCAAGUAUGUGCAGAAAAUAGAAGAAAAACAGCUUUCUCCUGAGAGAUCUGCUUUUGUUGGCACUGCUUCCACGCCAACGCAUACUGUCUGUAAAGAAAAUAACCUGAAUAGUGAGACAGAAUCUAUGGAAACUGAAGUAAUUGAGGAUAAGAAAGUUGCUCCAUCGCCUGUAACCUCAUGUGAGGAAUCUAGCUUGAGUAGCGACUUUGCUGAUCAGAACGGUGUACAGACAUAUAAAAUGGAAAAUAUUAAUGGAGAAAGUAAAAUAAAAACUGUAAUUACUGAAGUGACAACCACAACAUCAACUGUGUCUACAGAAUCCAAAACUGUGUUUAAAGUUGCAGAGACUGUAGCUUCUAAUGAUGAGAAAACAACAGUAGUAUCAUCUACAGAAAAUUGUGCCAUAUCCACUGUCACUACCACCACUACUGUAACUAAGCUCACCACUCCAGCUACAGACAGUAACGUUGAUGUCAUUUCUGUACAAGAGCAUAGUAAAACAGUGGUUACAACAACAGUAACCGAUUCACUGACCACCCCAGAAGGCACGUUGGUGACUUCCAUGACUGUCAGCAAAGAAUAUUCUACAAAAGACAAAGUGAAGUUAAUGAAAUUUGCGAGACCCAAAAAAACUCGUUCUGGAACUGCCUUACCAUCUUACAGAAAAUUUGUUACCAAAAGCAGUAAAAAAAGCAUAUUUGUUUUACCCAAUGAUGACUUAAAAAAGCUGGCCAGAAAAGGAGGGAUCAGAGAAGUUCCCUAUUUCAAUUACAAUGCAAAGCCUGCCUUGGAUAUCUGGCCGUAUCCAUCCCCAAGGCCAACUUUUGGGAUCACUUGGAGGUACCGACUUCAAACAGUAAAAUCGUUGGCUGGAGUGAGCCUUAUGUUGCGGUUAUUGUGGGCAUGUCUCAAAUGGGAUGAUAUGGCAGCAAAAGCUCCACCUGGGGGAGGAACUACACGUACAGAAACAUCUGAAACAGAAAUUACAACAACAGAAAUAAUCAAGCGAAGAGACGUUGGUCCAUAUGGAAUCCGGUCAGAGUACUGUAUAAGAAAAAUUAUUUGUCCCAUUGGUGUGCCAGAGGCUCCAAAAGAAACUCCAACACCCCAGAGGAAGGGACUGCGAUCAAGUGCACUAAGGCCAAAAAGGCCAGAAACACCCAAACAAACGGGCCCUGUUAUAAUUGAAAGUUGGGUAGCAGAGGAGGAGUUGGAACUGUGGGAGAUCAGGGCGUUUGCUGAAAGGGUGGAGAAGGAAAAGGCACAGGCAGUUGAACAACAGGCUAAGAAGCGGCUGGAACAGCAGAAGCAGAUACCUGCAGCAGGUGUGGCCCCCGCAGUCACUACAGCCAGCAGCACUGCAACUACUGUCUCAACGGCACAGAAAGUUGUGGUAGGCCCUUUAGCGGGCCCAGUCCCCACUGGAACCAAAGUAGUACUUACUACAAAAGUGGGUUCUCCAGCUACCGUAACAUUCCAACAGAACAAGAAUUUCCAUCAGACUUUUGCUACUUGGGUUAAACAAGGCCAAUCUUCAACAGGUGUUGUUCAAGUUCAGCAAAAGGUAUUGGGUAUCAUUCCAUCAACUACAGGUGCAAGUCAAACAUUUACUUCAUUCCAGCCAAGGACAGCGACUGUAACCAUUAGGCCAAAUACCACAGGGACGUUGGGAACAACAAGUACUUCACAAGUAGUGCAAGGGACACCCCUCCGCCCUGGUAUGACAGUAAUACGGACACCACUUCAGCAGUCAACGCUUGGAAAGACCAUCAUUCGAACACCUUUAGUGGUGCAACAAGGUCAGACACAGCAAGUGGUGACUCAAAUAAUCAGGGGUCAGCCUGUCUCAACAGCAGUUUCUAGUACCAGCACAGCUUCUACCAGUGCUGGACAGAAGACCGUCACAAGUCCUGGAACACCACCUCAGCAAAUACAGCCACAAACCACAUCGCAGCCUCCUCGUCCUCAGCAGGGACAAGUGAAACUUACUAUGGCCCAACUCACACAACUAACACAAGGACAGGGUGGCAGUCAAGGAUUAACUGUGGUAAUUCAGGGACAAGGUCAAACUACUGGUCAAUUACAAUUAAUCCCUCAGGGUGUGACUGUAAUACCUGGUCCAGGACAACAGCUUAUGCAAGCAGCUAUGCCAAAUGGUACAAUUCAGAGAUUUCUUUUCACCCCACUACCAGCAGCUGCUACUACAGCUAGCACAACUACAACAACAGUUUCUACUUCAACCUCAGCUACAGGGGAACAGAAGCAAGCUCUACAGGCACAGCCAACAUCAGCGCUGCCGCCAAUUCAGCCACAGCCUCAGAGUCAGCAGCAAGCCCAGCCUCACGUGCAGAACCAGAGUACUCAGCCUGUGCCUCUGGCCCAGCCACAGGCACCUCAGCCAGCGCUUCAGCCUGAAACUCAGACCCAGCCUGAAUCUCAGACUCCAGCAUCUGUUGGCUCUCCAGUCACACCUGAAGCACAAUCAUCUAAAUCUCCAGUUCAGUCUCCAGCACAGACCCAGGCUCAAGGGCAAUCUCCAGUGCAAGUCCAGAGUCAGCCGCAGACUGCAAUCCUUCCACAAGGCCAGUCCCAAGUGCAGCCUCAGCAACCAGCUCAGGUGCAGACUACAACCCAACAACAGAUUCAGAUGCAGCCCCAUGCUCCCAUACAAAUUCAAGCUCAGCUGCAGCAAUCACAACCUCAGGUUCAGACUUCAGUCUCAACCCUUCCAACUACUCAAAGUUUAAAUCAGGUUCCUGUGCAAUCCCCAACUCGUCCUCAGCUGCAACUUCAGCAGCCUCCAACAAAAGUUAUUACAGUGCCUCAGCUUCAGCAACAAGUCCAAGUUCUCUCUCAGCUUCAGUCACAUGUUGUGGCUCAGAUACAAGCCCAACAAGGCAGUGUGCCCCAGCAGAUCAAGCUUCAGUUACCUAUUCAGAUCCAACAAACUAGCCCAGUACAGGCUCACCAGAUUCAGAAUGUGGUAACAGUUCAAGCAGCUAGUGUUCAGGAGCAGCUGCAGAGAGUUCAGCAGCUCAGGGAGCAGCAACAGAAGAAAAAGCAGCAACAGAUAGAAAUUAAACGUGAGCACACCCUUCAGGCUUCUAAUCAAAGUGACAUUAUCCAGAAACAG